AUGGGGGGUCAUGGUAUAAUGGAUAAUAUUAUUAAUAAUGAAGCCGUUAACAAGUAUGACAUAAUGGAUAAUAUUAUUAAUAAUGAAGCCAUUAACAGGUAUGACAUAAUGGAUAAUAUUAUUAAUAAUGAAGUCGUUAAAAGGUAUGACAUAAUGGAUAAUAUUAUUAAUAAUGAAGCCAUUAACAGGUAUGACAUAAUGGAUAAUAUUAUUAAUAAUGAAGCCGUUAACAGGUAUGACAUAAUGGAUAAUAUUAUUAAUAAUGAAGCUGUUAACAGGUAUGACAUAAUGGAUAAUAUUAUUAAUAAUGAAGCCGUUAACAGGUAUGACAUAAUGGAUAAUAUUAAUAAUGAAGCCGUUAACAGGCAUGACAUAAUGGAUAAUAUUAUUAAUAAUGAAGCCGUUAACAGGUAUGACAUAAUGGAUAAUAUUAUUAAUAAUGAAGCCGUUAACAGGUAUGACAUAAUGGAUAAUAUUAUUAAUAAUGAAGCCGUUAACAGGUAUGACAUAAUGGAUAAUAUUAUUAAUAAUGAAGCCGUUAACAGGUAUGACAUAAUGGACAAUAUUAUUAAUAAUGAAGCCGUUAACAGGUAUGACAUAAUGGAUAAUAUUAUUAAUAAUGAAGCUGUUAACAGGUAUGACAUAAUGGAUAAUAUUAUUAAUAAUGAAGUCGUUAACAGAUAUGACAUAAUGGAUAAUAUUAUUAAUAAUGAAGCUGUUAACAGGUAUGACAUAAUGGAUAAUAUUAUUAAUAAUGAAGCCGUUAACAGGUAUGACAUAAUGGAUAAUAUUAAUAAUGAAGCCAUUAACAGGUAUGACAUAAAGGAUAAUAUUAUUAAUAAUGAAGCUGUUAACAGGUAUGACAUAAUGGAUAAUAUUAUUAAUAAUGAAGCCAUUAACAGGUAUGACAUAAUGGAUAAUAUUAAUAAUGAAGCCGUUAACAGGUAUGACAUAAUGGAUAAUAUUAUUAAUAAUGAAGCCGUUAACAGGUAUGACAUAAUGGAUAAUAUUAAUAAUGAAGCCGUUAACAGGUAUGACAUAAAGGAUAAUAUUAUUAAUAAUGAAGCUGUUAACAGGUAUGACAUAAUGGAUAAUAUUAUUAAUAAUGAAGCCGUUAACAGGUAUGACAUAAAGGAUAAUAUUAUUAACAAUGAAGCCGUUAACAGACUGACAUCAUCACGGGGAGGUGUGCACGGUGAUGUCAGCUACAUGAGCAGCCUGCCAGCCUGUCAGAUUUCAGCUGAGGAGGCAGUCUGCUACUGUUAA